GACGACAUUCUGAUCAAGGCUGCGGCGGAUGGUUCUAUGGACUAUUCGGCCUGGCCAGAGCUGCUCCCGACCGUUCUGGCGCGAAUUGAAAAAAUCGCACACACCGAGUUUCCCAUCCCCGCCAUCCCGCCGACGUCAAACCAACCUGCGAGACCUCCCUCCCCACGCUUCCUCGCCCCGCUCCCUUCCUCGGACCCCUUUGAGGCCACAAAUCAAGCAGAAACAUCGUCAUCACAAGGGACAAAUAAGGAGAAUGUCGGCCCGUCCUCCCCAGCAGCCUCUAGGGGUGCCUCGUCGGCGACAGCAUCGAGCCGCCCGGCUCAACAGCAGCCCGCAGCUCCUGCCGCCCUCCCAAAGCCCAUAGCCGAUAUGCUCGAUGAGAUUCUAACCGUCUUGCGCACCGACUUCUCUCAAUACCCGCCACACACAAUACAGAGGCUCGCCGAGUUGGUGCUCCGCCCGCGGCAGCACUACCGCCACCUGGUGCCGUAUCUACAUGCCCUCGAUCGUGUCGUCCACGUAACCAGCGGCGCCAAUAUAUAUCCCCUUCCACCGGCGCUCCCUGACGUGGGUGCCAUGUCUCUGCUGGCGAACGGUGCCGGUGGCAGCGGCACAGGCGAUCUCUCCAACGCCACGGUGGCGGCGAGCACCCUCGGCUCGGAUGAGGCAUUGGGUGGUGCUCUGUUAACGCCGAUUCCGUGGCUGGUUGGCACGGCAAACGGAAGCGAUAGCGACGAGGACAGCGACGCGGGCGGCUCAUCCCCGCUGUCGACGACCGGGAACCCGGCCGAGCAGCUCCAGCUCCAGCAGCAGCAGCAGCAGCAGCAACAACAACAACAACAACAACAACAGCAACAGCAACAACAACAGAGGCAGAACGGCCACCUUGACGGCCGGGUUCGAACGGAGAGCACAGAGACCAUAGAGGGACCCAACGGUAUCGGGAGCAUCGAGACCGUCUCGAUCUCGGUGAACGGCAUCCCGUCCACCGGCGCCGGCGCCGGCGUUGCCCUGGUCACCCAGCGCAGCGUCACCCAGGGCGAGCUGCUGCGCCAGGAACAGCGAGCCGGCCUCGUGCCGCUGACCCAGCUCAACAGGCAACAACACCGGGCGUCGAUCCAAGCACAGCACGGUCCGGGCGGCACAGCAGCCGAAGACGCCACCAUGACCGAAGGCGCCGACGAGGACGAGGACGACGAAGAAGAAGAGGUCCCACACGCGCGUGGACCGCAAGAGAUUGGUCCCGCCGACACGGGCCCCCAGAGCGCCGCGACGGCGAGCUACAUCGCCGGCGCCGGCGGCAUCAGCCCGAUGGACGUGCAGGGGAUCGACGUGGCCGCCGCCGUCGGGCGGAGGGUGCAGUCGCCCCCGAGCCAGCAAGAACGGGGCAACCGCGCCAGCGGCAGUCCCGAAGGAAGCGAGAUCGUCCCCCGCAGCCCCAAGCGCGAGGCGGGCGAGCACCUGGAACCGGAGUCCCCGGCGAAGCGGAGAAAGGAGGGCGAACAGCCCCCUGCCUCGGCAAGCAAGGGCCAGGGCCGAGAUCAAUGGGGAGCUGCAGAGCAGCAGCAGCAGCAGCAGCAGCAGCAUUCUGGCCAGGGCACCGGCCGCACUCUCUCGGACGAGCCCGAGCCCGAGGCCAAAGUCGACCCGAACCGUGACGCGGAGGGGGACGUCCUCCUCUCUGAUGCGGGCGAUGGCGCACGCAAAGAGGAGCCGCUGGCGGCUACGGGGGAUACCACCACCACCGACGGGGCAUCGAGAAGGGCGGACGGCCCCGCCGCAGCAGCUCCAGAGGCGGGUGGUGGAAAGCCGUCGACAGCGAAACGAGGCGAUCCCGAGUCCGGCACCGAAAAGAAACAGGCCGGCGGCUAGUGCUGCCGGCUGUUUUGCUGGAUGAGGCGGCGGCGAAGAUAGCAGCUACUUGAUUGACUGGGUCCAGAUAGUUUAGAUUUCUCUCGAUCCUCCUCUCGCUGGCUUAGGGAGUGAGGCCUCUCUUCUGUCCACGGUUGAGAUCAAUCGGGGGAGCAAGCGUAGGCAAUAGCCAACGCCAAUGAUGGACGUUGGGAUUGUCGAGCGAUGCUAUCUAUGGCCUGUUUUCUUUUUUUUAAAAAAAAAAUUCCAGUGCAGUGUUAUAUGACGUCCAGUGAAGGCUUCUUGGUAACUACAGAGAGAGCGGAUCGGGGUUUCCAACAGGUUGGCACAGCUGGGGACGGGGGAAUAUGCUUCAGGGCGCGGCCGGUUGCAUCAAUCAUGUUAGAACUUAAAUUGAGUGCCUCGACGCUCGUGAAGCGACGAAGACGGGAUAAUUAUCCUAUUUAUUAAUCAUCAUAAUUUCAUUGUUUUCGU